AUGGGCCGCUAUUCGGGCAGGAGCAGCAGGCUCAUCCUCAUGUGCGUGGUGAGCCUUGUGCUCUUUGCUGUUGAGAUCUCAGUAGCCUACGUCGGCAAUUCUCUUUCUUUAGCUUCAGAUGCCUUUGCUGUUCUCUCUCACUUGAUCUCCAUGAUCAUCGGUUUGUUCGGUGUCAGGGUCAGUCGCAUCAGAUGGCACAAGGCUAACACUUUUGGCUUCAGCCGGGCAGAUGUGCUGGGAGCUUUCGGCAACUCUGUUUUUGCCACCGCUCUGAUGUUUAGCAUCUUCUUUGAGGCAAUCAAGAGGUUUAUCAAUCCUCAGAAGACUGAGAAAGCACUGCUCGUCCUCAUUAUCGGGGUUGUAGGUCUGUUCUUCAAUGUGUUCAACUAUGUUAUUUUCAUGGACUGCUGUUAUUGUCAUGCACCCCAAGGAGACACCGAAACAGGUGAUUCACCAAACGACCAAAAAAGCCCUGAAGAGGGGUUUGAGAAGAAACAAGAGAAAAAGUCUGAAGCCUUGAACAUCAGAGGUGUUCUUUUGCAUGUUAUGGGAGAUGCACUUGGAUCUGUAGUCGUGGUAGUUGCUGCUGCAAUCUUCCAUGUGCUUCCUCUGGGGGAUGCUCCGUGUAAUUGGCAGUGCUACAUCGAUCCAAGCCUGACAAUCAUUAUGGUGUUCAUCAUCUUGUCCUCUGCAUUCCCGCUUAUCAAAGAGACCUCAACUAUUUUGUUGCAGAUGGUUCCCAAAGGUGUUAAUAUGCGACUACUGACUGACAGCCUAUCUCGUGUACCAGGGGUUAGCAGCCUUCAUGAGGUGCACGUCUGGGAGCUUGCAGGUGGGAAGAACAUUGCUACUCUUCAUAUCAAGUGCCAAACCCCUACUGAUUACCAAGAUGCUGCUUAUAAAAUACGGAAGGUUUUCCAUGAAGCAGGGAUCCAUUCUGUGACCAUCCAGCCGGAGUACAUUGACCGCAAGACCUCCCAGCUACUGUGCAGCUCGCCCUGCAUCUCAAAAGCUUGUGACUCUCAGCUGUGCUGCAGUCAGCGGGAGAACCCCCUGGCUAAAACUAAUGGCAGUACUGAGAAAAACAAUAGUUGCCUUUCUGCGCUGCAUAAAGACAAUGGUUCAAGUAAAAAUGAUAUUGAAAUCCCCAUUGAGCCCCCAUUGGCAGAGGAUAGCAGUAAAAAUGUGAAAAAUUGUGAUGUGUCUGGUUACAAAUCACAGUUGAGCAGUACACGACUUUAG